CAAACUUAGGUAGAGAUUCUUCUUCCCAUUGUACGAACUUCCUCAUUUCAGAAUCCAAUUUCCUUUUCCGGCAAAAUGGCGGAAACCCAUCGGCCGGAGAUCCAACUCAAGGUCAAUUCUAGGCGCGGUCUCGGCGUUGGAAAUGUAAUUCAUCCUGUUGAAGUUGAGUCAUCACCGACACCUCUGCUGGCGGCACAACGCGCCGGAUAUCAAAGUCAAACCCCAUCUCCUUUCCGGGAGAUUAAGCAUUUUAAGAAGUGGUUCCCAUGGUUGAUUCCUAGUUUUGUUAUAGCAGAUGUCGUCAUGUUUAUAAUCACGAUGUAUGUCAACAAUUGCCCCAAAAACUCGGUUACUUGCGUCGCUACCUUCUUGGGGAGGUUUUCCUUUCAGCCAUUCAAAGAGAAUCCCCUCCUCGGUCCUUCUUCUUCGGCGCUAGAGAAGAUGGGGGCUUUGGAUGUGAAUAAAGUAGUUGAUGAUCACCAGGGGUGGCGCCUCAUUACUUGCAUUUGGUUACACGGUGGACUUCUCCAUUUAUUAGCAAACAUGCUGAGUCUCUUAGUUAUUGGCAUUCGACUGGAGCAAGAAUUUGGAUUCAUACGCAUUGGGUUGCUCUAUAUCAUAUCUGGAUUUGGUGGCAGUUUAUUGUCUGCUCUUUUCCUUCAAUCCAACAUAUCAGUUGGUGCUUCUGGUGCAGUUUUUGGGUUGCUAGGUGCAAUGCUAUCAGAACUCAUAACCAAUUGGACUAUAUAUGCCAACAAGUUGGCAGCAUUAGUGACGCUUGUGAUCAUUAUUGCAAUCAAUCUAGCGGUUGGGAUUCUGCCACAUGUCGAUAACUUUGCUCAUCUUGGUGGGUUUUCAUCUGGUUUUCUUCUAGGGUUUGUGUUCUUGAUGCGCCCUCAAUUCGGAUGGGUUAGCCAAAGAUACGCCCCACCUUAUUCUAGGGCUGGAGCCAAUAAGCCCAAAUACAAGACAUAUCAGCGAGUUCUGUGGGUCCUUUCAUUGAUCCUUGUGGUCACUGGGAUGAUUGUGGGGCUUGUUGCACUUCUUCGUGGAGUGAACUUGAAUGACCAUUGUUCUUGGUGCCAUUACAUGAGUUGUGUACCUACGUCUAGGUGGAGCUGUGACACAUCGGCCGUGUCAUGUGUGUCUGAGCAAACGGAUAACCAGUAUACAUUGACGUGCUCCGACAGCGGUAAAAAUGGUACAUACACAUUGACAGAUCCGAAUACGUCUCAAUUACGUGGUCUUUGUAGUCAGCUUUGUAGAUAGAUGUACACCACAUUUGUAUACGGACAUUAUAUCUGUGUAAUAUGAUUUUUUAUUUUUUUUGGUUAUUUUGAUGGAUGUAAUAUAGCAACUCAACAUUUAUGCAUUUAUUGUAAUGAUUUGAUUUAUAGUUCGUUUUUUUUAGGCCGUC